UUUUAAUAAUAAAGGAGUGGCAACACCUUUCAGCCAAUCCGAGCGAGUGUUUGGGUGUGUCCUUCCGGAGUUCCGGGCAAAAAGCGUUAAACGUUGUUAACGAAGUGUUCGACCGUGUAAACCCGCCUAACGCGCGGAGUGCUACUGAAAACGCCUAUACAGAAGCACCUAAAUGCAAACAGACUUGCAUUUACGUACAGAGAGUCUAUGUCAGGUUGAGUGUGUGUCUGUGUGUGUGUGUGUUUUCUUAUAACUUUUUUCUUUUAAUCUAUAUGUUACAUCAACAACCGUCCUACCCUCCCACUCUCUCUCUCUCUCUCUCUCUCUCUCUCUCUCUCUGGGCAUCAGGUGUAUGUGUUUGUGUAUGGGGGACAGCCCUGGCUGAAGUGUAAACACCGGAAUGGGAGCUCCUGAUAAAACUGACUACUGGUGUGUUCAUUAAACCUCUGCAAGCUUACGACUAUCUCAGACGGUCCAUGAAGGUUACGUGAGAGCAACAUGCCCCACAUCCCACCAUGGCAUCCAACCAACAUCACGGCAUAGAGGAAUUUCAGAAGGCAAUUAAACACCAACCAACAGCGGAACUGCUCACUGCUGUAAGAGAAGGAGACGAGGCAGGGGUGAGGUCGGCACUUGACAGGGGUGCCCGGUCCGAGGUCACCAUCCCCACUAAUGCUGGAGUGUCAGGGAGUCUACUUACUCUGGCUGUCAGCAAGGGCUACGACCACCUGCUACCUCAUUUACUGAAGGCGGGGUUAAGCAUAGAAGAUGGAGGCACCACUGACGUGACACCGCUGAUGGUGGCUGCUGGGACUGGCCAUACUCAGACAGUGAAGGCACUGCUGGACCUCGGCGGUAACCCUCUGGCCACAAAUAAUAUAGGAAGGACAGCCCUACACUUUGCUGCAGGGGGGGGCCACCAGCAGUGUGUGGCGGCCCUCAUACCCGUCACCCCUCCCACUCCCGCACACAUCGAGGCACACACCCCGGUGCACGCCGCCAGUUAUAAUGGCUACUUGGAGGUACUGGAGCAGCUGGCAGGUGCUGGCUGGCCCCUCACCGCCAGGGACAGCUAUGGAGAUACACCCAUGCACUGUGCUGCGGCUGGGGGUAGCGUGACAUGUCUGCAAUGGCUGGUGCAGCGAGGGGGUGACCCGAGCGUGCAAAAUAAUGCUGGACUCACCCCACUUCAAGAGGAGCUGAUCACUGCUGUAGGGGAAGGAGACGAGGCAAGGGUGAGGUCGGCACUGGACAAGGGUGCCCGGCCCGAGGUCACCGUCCCUACAGAUGAUGGGGUGUCAGCGAGUCUGCUGACUCUGGCUGCCAGUAAGGGCCACGACCACCUGCUACCUCACUUACUGCAGGCCGGGUUAAGCAUAGAAGGUGGAGGCACCAUUGACAAGACACCGCUGAUGGUGGCUGCUUGGCUUGGCCACACGCAGACAGUGAAGGCACUGCUGGACCUCGGCGGUAACCCUCUGGCCACGAACGGUGAAGGAUGUACAGCCAUAAACUAUGCUGCAGGGGGGGGCCACAAGCAGUGUGUGGCAGCCCUCAUGCCCGUCACCCCUCCCACUCCCGCACACCUCCAGGUAUACACACCGGUGCACGCCGCAAGUUAUACGGGCCACAUGGAGGUACUGGAGCAGCUGGCAGAUGCUGGCUGGUCCCUCACCGCCAGGGACAGUGCUGGCAACACACCCAUGCAUUGUGCUGCGGCUGGGGGUAGCGUGACUUGUAUGCAAUGGCUGGUGCAGCGAGGGGGUGACCCAAGCAUGCAAAAUAAUGCUGGACACACCCCGCUUGACAAGGACCUGAUCGCUGCUGUAAGGGAAGGAGACGAGGCAAGGGUGAGGUUGGCACUCGACAGGGGUGCCCGGCCCGAGGUCAAUGUCCCAACUAAUGCUGGAGUGUCAGGGAGUCUACUUACUCUGGCUGCCAGCGAGGGCCACGACCACCUGCUACCUCAUUUACUGCAGGCGGGGUUAAGCAUAGAAGGUGAAGGCACCACUGACAUGACACCGCUGAUGGUGGCUGCUGGGACUGGCCAUACCCAGACAGUGAAGGCACUGUUGGACCUCGGCGGUAACCCUCUGGCCACAAAUGAUGAAGGCAAACACCCAGGAUUUACAGCCCUACACUUUGCUGCAGCGUGGGGCCACCAGCAGUGUGUGGCGGCCCUCAUGCCCAUCACCCCUCCCACUCCUGCACACCUCCAGGCAUACACCCCGGUGCACGUUGCCAGUUAUAAGGGCCACAUGGAGGUACUGGAGCAGCUGGUAGGUGCUGGCUGGCCCCUCACCUCCAGGGAUAGUAAUGGCAACACACCUAUGCACUGUGCUGCAGCUGGGGGUAACGUGACAUGUCUGCAAUGGCUGGAGGAGCGAGGGGGUGACCCGAGCGUGCAAAAUAAUGCUGGACACACCCCGCUUGACAAGGAGCUGGUCACUGCUGUACGGGAUGGAGACGAGGCACGGGUGAGGUCAGCACUCCACAAGGGUGCCCGGCCCGAGGUCACCGUCCCCACUAAUACUGGGGUGCCAGGGAAUCUGCUGAUUCUGGCUGCCAGCAAUGGCCACGACCACCUGCUGCCUCAUUUACUGCAGGCAGGGUUAGGCAUAGAAGAUGGAGGCACCACUGACAUGACACCGCUGAUGGUGGCUGCCCAGCUUGGCCACACCCAGACAGUGAAGGUACUGCUGGACCUCGGCGGUAACCCUCUGGCCACGAAUAGUACAGGAUGGACAGCCCUACACUUUGCUGCAGGGGGGUGCCACCAGCAGUGUGUGGCGGCCCUCAUACCCGUCACCCAUCCCACUCCCGAACACCUCGAGGUACAAACCCCGGUGCACGCCGCCAGUUAUAAUGGCCACGUGGAGGUACUGGAGCAGCUGGCAAAUGCUGGCUGGCCCCUCACCUCCAGGGACAGUGAUGGCAACACAUCCAUGCACUAUGCUGUGGCCGGGGGUAGCAUGACAUGCCUGCAAUGGCUGGUGCAGCGAGGGGGUGACCCGAGUGUGCAAAAUAAAGCUGGACACACACCGCUUGACAAGGAGCUGAUCACUGCUGUAAGGGAAGGAGACGAGGUAAGUGUUAGGUCGGCACUCGACAAGGGUGCCCGGCUAGAGGUCACCGUCCCUACUAAUGCUGGGAUGUCAAUGAGUCUGCUGACUCUGGCUGCCAUCAAGGGCCACGACCACCUCCUACCUAUCUUAGUGCAGGCUGGGUUAAGCAUAGAAGGUGGAGGCACCACUGACAUGACACCGCUGAUGGAGGCUGCCCAGCGUGGCCACACCCAGACAGUGAAGGUAUUGCUGGACCUUGGCGGCAACCCUCUGGCAACGAAUGGUGAAGGAUGGACAGCCCUACACUUUGCUGCAUGGGGGGGCCACCAGCAGUGUGUGGCGGCCCUCAUACCCGUCACCCCUCCCACUCCUGCACACAUCGAGGCAGACACCCCGGUGCACGCCGCCAGUUAUAAUGGCCACGUAAAAGUACUGGAACAGCUGGCAAAUGCUGGCUGGCCCCUCACCGCCAGGGACAGUGAUGGAAAUACACCCAUUAUGCACUGUGCCGCGGACUGGGAAAGCGUGACAUGUCUGCAAUGGCUGGUGCAGCGAGGGGGUUAUCCAAGUGUGCAAAAUAAACUUGGACGCACCCCGCUUGACAAGGAGCUGAUCACUGCUGUAGGGGAAGGAGACGAGGCAAGGGUGAGGUCGGUACUGGACAAGGGUGCCCGGCCCGAGGUCACCGUCCCUUUUAAUGCUGAGGUGUCAGGGAGUCUGCUGACUCUGGCUGCCAGUAAGGGCCACGACCACCUGCUACCUCACUUACUGCAGGCGGGGUUAAGCAUAGAAGGUGGAGGCACCAUUGACAAGACACCGCUGACGGUGGCUGCUUGGCUUGGCCACACGCAGACAGUGAAGGCACUGCUGGACCUCGGCGGUAACCCUCUGGCCACAAACGGUGAAGAUUGGCAUGACAUUUGCUAGUUUCCAUUCGUGGGGAACUUUACCCGCUAGUAAGGAGGAGGAGGAAGAGGACGAGAGGGAGGAGGAGGACGAGGAGGAGGAGCUGUAAAAGAAGGAAGGAAGGAGG